AAAAUAGACGGUAAACACUUGAGAAUUUAUCAUUUUGGAUUAACACUUCAAACCAAAAGCCUCCCCAAACAAAAAAAUCUAUCAAUAUGGUUAGUUUCGAAGAAGCUUGUGAAUUGGCUAAGAACUUCAGCAAGAAGCCUUCCGACUCUGAAUUCUUGGAAUUCUACGGUCUCUUCAAACAAGCCACCGUUGGUGAUUGCAACAUUGAAAAACCCGGUGCUUUGGAUUUAAAAAAGAAGGCCAUGUGGGAAGCCUGGAACAAACACCAAGGUUUGUCUAAAGAUGCUGCCAAGGCUGCCUACGUACAAGUCUAUGAGAAAUAUGCUCCUAAGUAUGCUUAAAUAACACAAAAAAUAAAAACGAAAAACUAUAAAAAUACAAUACAGACAUGGUUAAGGAACAUUAAAUUAGAAUAAUAAUU